AUGCCGCCUCCCAGCCAAGACAUGAGUUCACCCAAAGAGACUGGCUUUGAACUUUCAGAGUCAGCGAGACAAGAAGAGAACGGAGCCAUGAACACAGAGAGCACCGGGGCCGCUUCACCGAAUGGUGGUGAUUCAAGUGCCGUGCAACCACCGAGACGACGAAAGAAACAAUUCGCUGUAUCGACACGAUGGGAACAAGAGGUGGCGAGUCGCGGCCAACCGAGCGACAUGCAUAGCUACUUUUGCUGUUGUGCAAGACGGGUUGGCAACAUGUUUAUUCUACUGGAGUACGCAGAUGGAUCACCGAUCGUUGUGGCUGGGCCUUGUUGGCCAUUUUGUCUUCUGGUCACGGUGCCUCUGAUUCUGGGUAUAUCCGCAUUGGUUUCUUAUUUCUUAGUCCUCAAUGAGGACUCUGGUUUGCCGUCGUGGAUAGCCUACCUAUAUUUUCCUUGCGUUGCCAUGGUGAUGAUGGCGCUAUUUUGUGUCAGCUGCAGAAAUCCAGGAUUAAUGGAGAGAGUCACAGACGAGGAAGCUGGAGAAGGAGGGUGGUUCUGGAAUGAACAAGUUGGGAGCUUCAGGCCUCCUGGAGCUCUGUAUUGCCGCGAAUGCGGGGUUUUAAUACAAGAUUAUGAUCAUUUAUGCCCUUGGACCGGCACUGGCAUUGGCCACGGAAACAUGUUGGCAUUCAAAGUGUUUGUGGUGGGUGUCAACAUCCUAUGCUAUUUCAGCAUUAUCCUGCUGGUUUGGUCGCUGCUUGACGGGUUAGUCGCAUAG